GUGUUUACAAAAUAUGGGAAAUGCUACAUGUUUAACUCAGGAGAAGAAGGACGGCCCCUUCUCACCACGGUGAAGGGUGGGACAGGCAAUGGACUGGAGAUCAUGCUAGACAUACAGCAGGAUGAGUAUCUCCCAAUAUGGGGAGAAACAGAGGAGACAACGUUCGAAGCUGGAGUCAAGGUCCAGAUCCACAGCCAGUCUGAGCCACCCUUUGUCCAGGAGCUGGGCUUUGGGGUGGCCCCUGGAUUCCAGACCUUCGUGGCCACCCAAGAGCAAAGGCUGACGUACCUGCCACCCCCCUGGGGCGAGUGUCGCUCGGCGGACCUGGGCUUAGACUUCUUUCCCGUUUACAGCAUCACAGCUUGCAGGAUCGACUGCGAGACCCGCUACAUCGUGGAGAACUGCAACUGCAAAAUGGUCCACAUGCCAGGGGAUGCUCCCUUCUGUACCCCAGAGCAGUACAAGGAGUGUGCAGAGCCUGCUCUCGGUUUGCUUGCUGAGAAGGACAGCAAUUACUGCAUCUGCAGGACACCCUGUAACCUGACCAGAUACAACAAAGAGCUCUCCAUGGUCAAGAUUCCCAGCAAGACCUCGGCCAAGUACCUGGAGAAGAAGUUCAACAAGUCAGAAAAAUAUAUCUCAGAGAAUAUUCUUGUGCUGGACAUAUUUUUUGAAGCACUCAACUAUGAGACAAUUGAGCAGAAGAAAGCCUAUGAAGUGGCAGCCUUACUUGGUGACAUUGGAGGCCAGAUGGGGCUUUUUAUCGGUGCUAGCAUCCUCACUAUCCUAGAGCUCUUCGAUUAUAUAUACGAGCUGAUCAAGGAGAAACUAUUAGACCUACUGGGGAAGGAGGAAGAGGAG